CAGUUAUGCAACACCAACGCUCAUUUUGGCGGUAGAAUAGUUAUUUAUGUGUGUGAUGUGUGAUUUAGUUUUUUUUGAUUUGUGUUAUCAUUAAGCGUUGUAAAUUGCCCACCCGCAUGCCCGACCAUGGGCAUUACCGGCCUGAUACCAUUUCUGGAGAAGGCAUCGUCGAAACUGCAACUGAAAGACAUACGCGGCAGCACCGUCGCUGUGGAUACUUAUUGCUGGCUUCACAAAGGUGUUUUUAGUUGUGCCGAAAAGUUGGCCCGCGGCGAGGACUGCGACCAGUAUGUGCAGUACUGUCUGAAGUAUAUACAGAUGCUGCUGUCGUAUGAUAUCAAACCGAUUCUGGUCUUCGAUGGUCAGCAUUUGCCGGCAAAGGCUUUGACCGAGAAGCGUCGACGGGAGUCGCGACAGCAGAGCAAGCAACGGGCAGCAGAGCUGCUGCGCCUGGGCCGUGUGGAGGAGGCGCGCUCCCAUAUGCGUCGCUGUGUGGAUGUCACCCACGAGAUGGCACUCCGGUUGAUACGCGAGUGCCGGAAUCGUAAUGUGGACUGUAUUGUGGCGCCCUACGAGGCGGAUGCCCAGAUGGCCUGGCUCAACAAGGCCAACAUUGCCCAGUACAUAAUCACCGAGGACUCCGACUUGACGUUGUUUGGCGCCCAGAAGGUUAUCUUCAAACUGGACCUAAAUGGCUGCGGUCUGCUGGUGGAGGCGGACAAACUCUACCUGGCAAUGGGCUGUCGGCAGGAGAAGUAUCAGUUCGACAAAUUUCGACGCAUGUGCAUAUUAUCGGGCUGUGAUUAUCUGGACUCGCUGCCGGGCAUUGGUCUGGCCAAGGCCUGCAAGUUUAUGCUGAAAACGGAACAGGACGACAUGCGCAUAGCAUUGAAGAAGAUACCAAGCUACCUCAAUAUGAGCAAAUUGGAGGUGGACGAUGACUACAUUGAGAACUUUAUGAAAGCCGAGGCCACCUUCAAGCACAUGUUCAUCUACAAUCCUCUGCAGCGUCGCAUGGAGCGACUCUGCACCCUGGAGGAAUACGCGACAGAUGUGAGCUACUGCAGCAAUGCUGGCACUUUGCUGGAAGAUAGCCAUCUGGCACUGCAUUUAGCUCUGGGGAAUUUGAAUCCCUUUUCGCUCAAACGACUGGACAGCUGGGAGCCUGGCAAAGCACUUCCUGCUGCUCCAAAAAAUACAAAAAGAUCGAAGCAUAAAAGUAUUUGGCUAACAAACGCAUCAACUGGACAGAAUCAGGGGAAUGAGCAGCCGCAAAAUGGGCCAUCACCUUGUGCUUUGUUCUUCAAAAAUUUGGAUUUUGUUGGUCAAACUAUAGACGAGGAAAUCCAGGCCAAUGUGCGACUGGAGCAGGCAAAGCAAACGGAAGCGCAAGUCUUCUCCAUGUACAGCUUCAAAUCGAAGCGGAGAAGAAGUCCCAGCGGUGGUGGCUCCACGGAUAGAGAACGCACACCGCCCCCAUCGCCGGUACAAACGAGAAGUCGUCACAAUCCCUUUGCCAAGGAGCCGCUGCUACGAUCCCCAGUGGUGUGUGAGAAUAGUUCUCUGCUGCGUCUGCUCAGUCCUAAGAAAUGCAGUCCCGUUGGUGGAGGAGCCGACGAGACGCGUGUGAAUUCCCUCAAGCGAAGCAUCUUUGCCAAGGAGCAGCAGGUGGAGGUGCGCAGUCGAUUUUUUGCCACGCAAGCGGAACAGCAGCAGCAGGAGCAGCAGCCGAAAGAGGAGGAGUUGGGAUCAAGUGGGCUCAACAAGAAAUUAAGACUGGAAACUUACUCUACAGACAUGGUGCUCGCCGAAGAGGAUGAAAAGCCAUCCAGCAACGAAAUGAAGCCAUCAUUAGAGAGUGAUCAGCUCGAAGACAGCAAGGAUAGUGCAAAUUUACGUAUUAAAUCCUUGGACACACUAAAGAGUGAGCCUGCCCCUUCAGACACCAUCAAUCUGCUAUCUGAUGACAGUUGCAGCUCGGAGGCAACGCUCCCUAGCAGCCAGGAAGCUGCAACCGUUCAACGCAACAAUUUCUUUGUGUCGAACACCAGACGCGUGGGCCUCUCCAAGCCCACCACCACCACAACUGCCAAAAAGGGUUUGUCGAAGUCCAAAAACAGCAAAUUGACCUCCUCGAGCCCGAAUCAAACCAAGCUCAGUAUGUUUGGCUUUCAGAAGCGGCCUGUUCUUAAAUGAUUGUUUGUGCACCUUUUUGCACUUAGUUUUGUAAGCUAAUCUAAUUUAUUAAAGCGAACGAGCGAUGACAACAAGCUUGUAUGGCAUCCGUAUCCUCAUGAAUCUA